AAUGAAACUGAGCGGCGAAAAGGAGGCGAGAGUGCAGUAAUCAGUCUGGUGUUCUUCCUCCUCCCCUGUGAGGAUUCCCGGCGAUGCAAAUGAUCGUAGUAGAUCAUUCCUACGCCAACUUAACUACUACACUCUCCAAAUCCAAGCUCAAACCCCCCCACGCAUUCUCAACUCCGAAUCCCCGCUUAUUCUUUCCAACUCACGGUACAACCAAUCUCUCCCUUGGAUUCAAUCACUUGAAUAAUUUCAGUGCCUUUUCUCCUUUACACAAGCAGCGGAAACAACGAGUUACUACGGUAGCCAGAGCUUCAUCUUCCGAUUAUUAUUCAAUUCUCAACGUCACCAGAGAUGCAACCCUUAAGGAAAUCAAGAGCGCUUACAGGCUUCUCGCUCGUAAGUAUCACCCAGACCUUAGCAAAAGACCAGACGCCGAAGAGAAGUUCAAAGAGCUAAGUGCUGCAUAUGAGGUUUUGUCAGAUGAUGAGAAAAGAUCUACGUAUGAUCGAUUUGGCGUGGAAGGUUUGCAAGGAAACUAUGAGGGAUCAAAUGCUGGUCCACGUGGGGUGGAUCCUCUUGAUGUAUUUGGAUCAUUCUUUGGCAACUUAGAUGGACAUUUUGGUGAAGGAGAUGGACCGGAUGAUAUUAAUUUUACUUUUAGAAACCCGAGGAGCCAAGAUCUUGAUAUUAGAUAUGACCUGUUUCUGAGCUUUAAAGAAUCAGUAUUUGGAACAAAGAAAGAUAUUGAAGUUUCAAACUUUGAGACCUGUGAAAGAUGUGAUGGAACGGGUGCAAGAUAUAGUAGUUGCAUCAAAACAUGUGCUUCUUGCAAGGGUCGUGGAGGAGUGGUCACAAGUCAGAAAACGCCUUUUGGUGUGAUGUCUCAGGUCUCUACAUGCACAACCUGUGGGGGUGAGGGCAAGAUUAUUACAGAUCACUGUCAAGAAUGCAGCGGCCAUGGUAGAGUAAAGUCUAAACGAAGUAUUAAUGUAAGUAUUCCUCCCGGUGUUAAUGAUGGAGCAACAAUGAAACUUCGAGGAGAAGGGAAUUUUGAUAAUAAAAGGAGUAUUACUGGAAAUCUUUACUUGGUACUCCAUGUCAAUCCUAAAGAAGGAAUUUGGAGGGAGGGCAAUCAUCUGUACUCACAGGUCAAUGUUGAUUUUACUGAAGCAAUAUUAGGAGCUGAUGUAAAGGUAGAAACUGUUGAUGGUCUGUGGGAUCUUCAUGUUCCUUCUGGAGUUCAGCACGGUGAUACACUAAAAAUUCCAGGACUUGGUGUUCCAGAUAUCAAUAGACCUUCUAGGCGAGGCGAUCAUCGAUUUGUUGUAAAAGUUCAUAUCCCCAAAGAAAUCAGUGAUACCGAGAGAGAACUGGUUGAAAAGUUGGCUUCCUUUAGGUUGUCAAGAAAUCAAGGGUCGGAUUUAUUGUCUGGAAAUGGUAGAAAUAAUCCCGGGAAACAAAAAAACAGAUUCAUAAUGCAGAAAAUAAGGAACUCUUUCAGCAACCUCUUCGGAAGGCAAUCUGAGAGAUUUUCAUCGAUCACAUUAAGUAAUCCGGUUUGUGUAAAUCAUCGUCAUCGAAUGUCAACCUCUUAUAUUUUCAUUGCAUUUGUUCUUACAGUUGCAUGUAUUGUGAAGAAUAAGGUCGAUUACUAUUUACUUAUACAGAAACAGGAAAAGAAAUGUAAAAUAGAUCAACAAAUUGUUUAGUUUUAUUUAAAUAUCCAAUGAUACUAAUCAAACU